AUGGCAAUCUUCUUUCCCUCCUCUUCUUCAUUGGAUGCUGUAUUUAGAGCUUUAGUUGACAAGAAAAUCUGCCUAGAAGAGGAGCCAUUAUUGGCCAAGGAACGGGAGCUCAAUGCAGAGCUUAACACUACAUCAACUCAAGCUUCUAAUGCUCCUUUGCCUGAACUCUCUACCCAACCUACGCUCGCUUCUAGUUCUUACACCACCUCUAGGGAGACAUCCACAAGUUUACCUCCUCUGUCGAAGGACGCCCCUUUGGAGCUACCAAAACAGGCACCGAAAACUACUCCUACCAGAAAAUGCCCUAGGUGGAGGCUAACCUUAACACCCCUCCCCAAGAAAAGGGCUAUCUCUGUUCUUGAGGAUAUACCUAUAGGAGAUAUUCAAUCCACUUCUCCUGAACCUACCCUAUCUUCCUUAUACCCUAUGCUCGCUUCCCCACUUAUUCAACCACCAAAAGAUCCUCCCAUUCAAAGUGCCAGUUUGGAUCCUGAGUUCAUGAUGACCUUCCUAGAACCAAUUCCUUUACCUAACCAAGGAACUCAGGGUCCUCCUAUUCUUCUCUUCUCUCCUCCUUCACUUCACAGUUCUUUAUCAUCAUCCCCCACAUCUUCUUCCACCCUUCCAAUAUUAUUGGAGGGUUCUUUGACCACCGUUUGGGCAGAGGCCUGCCAACAACUUGAAAAAGUCACCUCUGCUGAGUUGGCUGAUAAGUUUUCUUUCGAGGAAACUAAGUGGUGGGUCAUUAAUAUGAGUGUGGACUGCCAAUUAUAUGAUUUGUCUCAAGAAAAUGACACAUUGAGACAGCAAACCCUUGGAGUGUCCUCUUCUCACGCCUCUAGAGAAUUAGCGGAGUUAUGCAGCCAGUUACAAGAGACCCACAAACUUCUUGAGACAGAAUCUAAAAAUCUGAGUAAAUGGAAAGCUUCUGCAGAGAAUUUUGAGUCUCAAGUUAAAUUAGACGCUAAUCUUCACUCUGAAUUGUCAUCCAAGCUAGAUAAAUAUAUCACUGAGAAUGCUCAAUUGUCCUCUCAGUUGCAGGCACUAAAGGAUGCUCAUGCUUUAGAACUGACUGCUAAAGACUCUAAUUUGGGAUCUAAGGACUCUGAGCUAAACCUUCUACAUUCAUCCUUAACCACAGCUCAAGCGAAUAUUUCCUCCAAAUAG